AUCGUAUUGCAAGCGAAGAAUCUUGUGUAUAUGUGUGUGUGUGCUUAAAUAAUUCUCAAUUAUUUCGGGAGAAAAUGGGAGGAGAUCAUGGACAUGGAUUACCAAAGAUUCCAAGUCCUGAUAUAUAUAAAGUGGAGAAUGUACCAAUACUGAAAAAUAUUCAAGAAGAAUUGGCAAAAAAAGGACUAUCGGAUCCUUGGUUGAGAAAUGAAGUCUGGCGUUAUCAAAAUCUCAAUUUUUCUCGCCAUAGGCAACUAACAUAUGGUUUACUUAGAGGUGUUAAAUUUGGGUUAGCAGCAUUUUUAAUUACAAUAGGUAUAGAAAAAUAUUAUGGAAUAGAUUAUGGUCAUGGACAUGGACAUGGACAUGAUGAAAAUCAUGAUAAUCAUUAAUGUUCUUUAGAAGAAUGAAUUGCAUAUAUUAUCGCAUAAAAAUAGUAUUGUUAUUGCUGUAUACACUGUAUCUUACAAAAUAAAUUGAAAUU